AUGAAGAGACAUCUAAACCAUCUAAGACUUAUGUCAGCAUACAAUAAAACCGAUAUGCAUCCAUCAACCUUCAUUCUCAUUGGCAUCCCUGGGUUGGAGGCUGCCCACAUCUGGAUCUCCAUCCUCUUUUGUGUGGUCUACCUUCUGGCCCUAGUGGGGAACUGCUCCCUUUUAUUUAUCAUCAAGACAGACCCCAGCCUCCACGAGCCAAUGUACCUUUUCCUCUGCAUGCUGUAUGUGGCAGACCUUAUUGUAUGCACUACGACAAUGCCAAAACUUCUCAGCCUCUUCUGGUUCCAAGAUGGAGAGAUUCCCUUUGAAGCCUGCCUCACUCAAGUGUUCAUGAUACACUCUUUCUCCACCAUGGAGUCUGGAUUCUUCCUAGCCAUGGCUUUUGACCGUUAUGUAGCCAUUUGUAACCCAUUAAGACAUUCAGCUAUUCUGACACACACAGUAAUUGGUGGAAUGGGUCUAGCCAUCGUACUCCGGGGAACUGUGCUUCUCGGUCCUCACCCCUUCCUGCUACGUUGGCUUCCCUACUGCAAAACCAAUAUCAUUUCCCACACCUACUGUGAGUUCAUGGCACUCAUCAAGAUUGCCUGUGCAGAGACAAGAAUCCGCAGAGCUUACAGCCUAAUUGUUGCCUUCCUUACAGGUGGGGUAGACUUCAUAUUGAUCAUUUGUUCCUAUGUCUUCAUAGUUGAUACUGUCUUCCACCUCCCAUCCAAGGAUGCUCGUCUCAAGACCUUGGGCACUUGUGUCUCCCAUGUCUCUGUCAUCUUGGUGUCCUAUACUCUGGCUUUCUUCUCUUUUCUCACCCACAGGUUUGGGCAACACGUGGCACCCCAUGUUCACAUAUUUGUGGCCAACAUCUAUGUUCUGGUCCCACCCAUGGUGAACCCCAUUAUCUAUGGGGUGAGGACCAGGAGGAUACGGGACAGGUUCCUUAAAGUUUUCUGUUUUCCAAAGCCUCUGAAUUAA